AUGUCUUUUUCUUUCAACUUUCAUGAUGAGGAAGCUGACAGCAAUAUUUCGGCAUCAGAUCAAACGAAUGCUCUCUCAAAUUACGAGCCUGCAAUCGAGCCAGAGCUAGUUGAUCUGGAACUGCUGUUGGAGUCAUUGGUUGGGAAAAGACUGACAUAUGAAGAAGUAAACAUAUCAGGUCGCUACAAAGUCUUUAGAAGAGAAUUCUCAGAUGUGAAACAUCAACUCAUGAUGGAAGACGACUCUUCGAACGAAGAGGUUCAAAUAUUGUUAGGGCAAACUAAUGAAGACCUUCGAUCUAAUGUUUACGAAGGAGGCUUAAAGUCAUGGGAAUGUGCUUAUGACGUUGUCGAUUUUAUCAAGAACGAAGACAAUCAGCUGUUUCCCAGUUCUAAUGGGCUGAACGUCAUCGAAAUUGGAUGUGGAACCUCUCUGCCAACCUGCAGUAUUCUGGAAGACUUACUAAACACGUCAAACACAGAAACUAACAUUACCCUCACCGACUAUAAUGCACCAGUAUUGCGUCUUGUCACGGUGCCUAACUUGAUAAUUAACUGGGCUUUAAAGAAACUAGAACCGUCACGGUUGAAGGAGUUACAACAAGCAAAAACAGAAGCAGCACCUGGAAUCAUAAUUGAAGAACCCAUCAGGGAUGGUGAGAUUUUUCUUUCUAGAGGCAUAAUAAGAAAUUUCUUGGAAGACCUGACCGCUCAUCACGUAACACUUAACUUGAUCUCAGGAGGAUGGAGUGAGAAAUUUCUUCGACUUGUGAAACUUUCCCUGAACAAAAGCAUUCAAAACACAUUGAUCAUCACAUCAGAAACAAUCUACCAGCCUAAGAUGCUACCAGUGAUAUCAGAGAUUCUAAUUGAGUUGACUACUACCGCUCCAAAUACCAAAACUAUAGUGGCAGCAAAAGAUAUCUAUUUCGGAGUUGGAGGCUCCGUGGUUGAUUUCACUUCAUACCUAGACUCUCAGAUUAGAAAACGGUCUCUUGACUUGCAUUAUCAGGUCCAAAGAUUGACAGAUGUGCCUCGUUCCUUGAUUCGUCUAAGUAACAGUAAGUGCUCUACAUAA